AUGAUCCCUUCCCGAAGACCCAUAGCCAUGGUUUAACAUAUCACGCCGGUAGCCGCCUUAAUACUCUUUUAGGUAAGUACUUUCUUACUAUAAGGUACUUUACUCACUUCAAUGUUACUAUAAACCGGAACUUCCUACUAAUCUCUAACCAACCACUCCGACCGGAAUAGUCAACUCGGGAAAGACUUAGACUUAUGUGACGUUGUAAACGGAGUAGGGUCUUAUUAUAAUUCUUUAUAUCCAUAUUUUUUUUUAUUCUUCCAUCCUCUUCUUUGAAUAUCUUAUCCGAAUAUCAUAAUAUCACUAUCUUGAUUUGAAAUACUACUUACAUCAUUACACCGAUGUCUUUAUCUCCCACACUUACUCCCCGACGCCGCAUCGUCGGUGUCUCCACCAAACUAUACUUCGACGCCGCGCGUACCAAGCAAUACGUAGACGAAUUCCUCCAAAUCCUCUCUUCCUCUUCCUCACCAUCACAAGCAGAUCUUCAAGAUAAAAUCGAUAUAUUCAUCAUCCCAGACCACAUCACAUUAACAUCCGUCAUAUCCCAACUCCAAAACACAUCCAUCCUAACCGGCGCCCAAGAUGCCUUCUACGAAGACUCCGGCGCGUACACAGGCGAAGUAUCCCCCGCCGUGCUCGCCGAAGUCGGGUGUCGCAUCGUGGAACUAGGGCACGCGGAACGUAGACGUAUAUUUGGGGAGACUGACAAAGAUGCUGCGCGCAAAGCCGCGGCUGCCGCCCGGAAUGGCAUGAUCCCGUUAGUCUGCAUUGGCGAGCGUUCGAGGGGCGAUGUCGCCGUUGCCGUCGACGAAUGCAAGCAGCAAGUAGAAGCGGUGAUGGAAGGUUUACCGGACGACGCCGAGGUCGUGUUGGCGUACGAGCCUGUCUGGGCUAUCGGCGCUGCUGAGCCUGCGGGCGCGGAACACGUCGUCGCCGUAGCGAAGGAUAUUAGGGCUCUUGAGUGCGUGCGGCGGAGGAAAGGAACGACGAGGAUCCUAUACGGCGGAAGUGCUGGUCCUGGAUUAUUCGGGCAGCUCAAGGACGGAGUAGAUGGGCUGUUCUUGGGGCGAUUCGCGCACGACCCGGCUCAGUUCUAUAGGACGAUAACAGAAAUUGCUUCGGCCUAACGGUAAGAUUGGAUGACGGCGGCUCAGCGACAUAGUGGUGAUACCCUCCAUCCUCCUUUACCCCCAAACAAAUUCAAAAUAGGACCAAGCGAAUGGGAGACAUAGGCGGUGCGACUUUUGGUUCAAGCAAAAGAAACAGUUGGAGUGUAAAUUCCAAUUCUAAACGGACUUGUCUAUAUACAGCCGUGAUGCUUGGAUUCUUCCUAGCGAAAGACCUGCAAU